GUUCGUUCUUUUUGUUUGGUGUGUCUUCCGAAGUCAAAACCCUUGAGGUUUAUGGUGCAGCCCCAUUACCAGAGAAGCACCCCCGCCACCGCGUACUGUUGCUAACAAGGAUGGAGGUUGUUAUGGCAUCGUCCUCUGUUGAUGGUGGAAUUGGGUGUUGGGACCUUCGCACAGGCGCUGAACAACUCCGCUACAAGUCCUGUUCCUCCCCUUCUCAUGGCCUCGUCUCCGUUGGUGCUCGCUUCAUUGCUUCCUCUCAGCUUCGAGAACCUUCCGCAUCCUCUGGUUCUGUUCUCUUUUGGUCUUGGUCCAAGCCUCAAGUUGAAGUUAAGAGCUUCCCUGCUGAACCCAUUAAGCCCCUUGCCGCUAAUCACCCAGGAACCUUUAUAGCCGGUGGAGCUUUGUCUGGUGACAUAUACUUGUGGGAUGUUGAAACUGGUAGGUUGCUUAAGAAGUGGCGUGCUCAUUUUAGGGCUGUUACUUGCCUAGUAUUCUCUGAAGAUGACUCGCUGCUGAUUUCUGGUUCUGAAGAUGGAUCCGUAAGAGUUUGGUCCCUCUUCAUGAUAUUUGAUGAUGUGAGAAGUCAGCAAGCCAGUAAUCUUUAUGAGUAUAGUUUUUCAGAGCACACCCUGCGUGUAACAGAUGUUGCGAUUGGUUAUGGAGGGUGCAAUGCAAUUAUAGUGUCAGCUUCAGAGGAUCGGACCUGUAAGAUAUGGAGCUUAUCUAGGGGAACACUGCUAAGAAAUAUAGUAUUCCCUUCAAUAAUUGACACCAUUGCAUUGGAUCCUGCUGAACACGUCUUUUAUGCUGGCAGUAGAGAUGGAAAGAUAUUUAUUGCUGCCCUUAACACUGAAAGCGUUGCUACUAAUAAUUAUGGGAUGCAUAUCAUUGGUUCUUUUUCUAACCACAGCAAGGCAGUUACUUGCUUAGCGUAUGACACGAGUGGGAAUUUGUUGAUAUCUGGGUCAGAGGAUGGAAUGGUUCGUGUUUGGAACACAAGAACUCGUAACAUUGUACGCAUGUUUAGACAUGUGAAAGGUAAUGCUGCAGGACCUGUAAAUAAUAUUCUUGUUGUUAGACGAGAAAUUGACCUUAGUAAUCACAUAUCUUCUAAUGUACAAGCAUCCUCAAGAAAGCAGGGAGCUAAUCUACCCCCUCCAUUGGAAAAAUAUGCAAAUUCAACAGAUGAAGACUCCGAUAUGAAGACUAUUAUCAGCCUUGUGGGUGACAGGAGAUCCACGGAUGUUUCAUACCUCAGUUCUCAUGUGAUAUUGAAUUACAUUAAGGAACUUCAGCAUCAAGGCUCUGUUGCUGCUUCUGAAAUGGAGAUGGAGAAACUAAAACACGAUUGUCAAAGGUCAAUGCAAUUGGUUAACCAAUGGAAGAAAAUGCAUGAAAACUUGCAUCAAUUUUGUGUAAAGGAGCUGUUGGAUGGUAAUCAAGCUAGAACCUUAGAUGAAAAUGACAAAUAAGAUGUUUU